UAACUAUCAUAUGAUCAUGGAGGGUCCCCCAGGAUGGCAGGCCACACUGGACAAAAAUACACAGCCAGAUUUGUCCAGAGUGCAAGGAUUCAGAAGUCGGUUCCAAAGCAGCCCAAAGACCUCCAGGCUGCUGGGGGGCCCAUGUGAUGCAGUGAUGUCCCUUGCUUUGCUGAGAUCAUUUCUGGUGCUCUGGAAGCAACUGGAAGUGCUAAAGGAUCACUGGGGCCGACUCAAGCUGCGAGGCCAGGACAUCAAUUCUCCCUCUCUCCACAAACAGUUCUCGGAGCUCUAUGGAACUGAGCCUUAUUUCUCUACCCCAGCAUGAAAGCUAUAGCUAGGCGAAUAGAGAAAGAAGAUGAAUUUGAAGGACUUAUAAUAAGUAGUAAGUCUACUCUUCUCCCCAAAGGAGCUUCAGAAAUUGAAAUAAAAACUCAGCAGAUCUUUGGAAACACCAAGUCAUGAAAGAAAACUUUUCAGUUAUCAGACCACAAAUAGUUGAAAAUUUUGUACAGAGAUUACUGGAGAAUUACCAGGAUGGUGGACUAGAGAUCACUUUCAGGAAAGACCACCUCGAGGCCUGCCUCCUUUCCCUGGGUUGUGACAUGAUGGCCAGAGAACGCAGCAACUUCGAGAACUACUCCAUGUGUUACAAGCAUGUAUUGGAGCAUGCUAGGCAGAAGCUCUGCCAGAAAGAGCAAGAAUUAGACAUUAUACGAAGAGGUCAGAGUCCACCUGAAGACAAGGCUGGUCAGAUUGCAGAGCUCAGUCACAAUGUGAUCAUGGAAGUCACUGCUCUGAGAGCUCGACUCACGGAUUUGGAGGAGGAGACUCUGAAUCUCAAAAAGCAAAUUCAAAAAGAAGUCCCAGAAGAAUAUGAAGCAUUAGUUCAAGCUUUGUUUGUGACAUGUUUGCACAUCACAGAGAAGCUGGAGGAGAAUCAGCUUAAUUUGAUCCAGAAAGUGUGUGAGCUCAUCGGUGAAGUAAGAACAGAAGGGAUUGACAAUACGAAAGAAAGGCUAAAGAAGAAAUGGGGCUCCGCCAGACCUGACGAAGAAAUGAAAGAAAAUCCAGCCAUAGAGCAGCUGCUGGCCGUGGAGCAGGACAACUGCAGCCUGGCCGCCCUGGUGCGCAAAAUGAGGAGCCUGGGCCACUGGAGGCUGGCGGUGCAGCAGGCGCACUUCCGGGGCCAGCUGAGCAGGGCUGAGAAGGCGCAAUUGCUGAAAGAAUUAGAACGCAGAGUGACCCAGGAAGCUCUCCACCAGCAGCAGCUGGAUUUAAUGAAAACCUCCAGCAUGGAGAAGCUUUUGGAGGAUGUGGAGCAAAAGGAACAGCACCUGCAGCUCCUUACUGAAGAAGCCAAGAGGGCUUCUAAACUGGGCCAGCUCCAGCAGAAGAAAAUUCAGAGAGAACUCCGACAGAUGAGAAGCCGGCUUGCCCACGAGCAUAGCGUGGAGCUGGACGCUUUCCAGUGGGUGGAAGAGCUACAAAGUCAGCUUAAUGACACUGAGAGAUCCUCCGCCCAGAGGAGCUCACCAGGCGGCCUUAUAUCCCAGGCUCACUACUCCCUAAGUUCUGCUUCCACAUCAUCCAGAGACACCCAGCAACACCUUCUAAAGACUCACCUCAUGGGCAGUAAAAUAACAAGAAGGAUUCAAAGGCCAAAGACUGUACCUAUUAAACACAAGAAAAGAAUUGACCAUGUCUUCCUACCCAAUGUGGCAGAAAAUGUUCAACUUUCAGCUUUUCAAGUUAAGAUGGCUCCAUCCAGAAUCCCAUUCAGACCUGACUGGUAAUCAUAUAUCCUUUUUCCAAGUUUUAUUUCUAUGAGCAU